AUGGUAAGAAAUCAUCUCAAAAACCCAGUAUGAUGAGGCAUGUCCCUAAUCCUUUAAUUUUCACAAGGUCUGUUUUGGGAUAAAUGAGGUUCAUGUGACUUCUGUUCAUUUGAGUCAAAUGAUUCCAGGCUGAAAAUCAGGACAAGCCCCCUCAUGAUUUGUUCAGAUUUUUCAUCAGAUCCUCCUUUUAUUUAGACUCCCCAAAGCCCACACUCCUGGAUAUUGUAAGGCUGCUGUUUCAGUGUCAUUAAUCUUAUAAAGAGGGUUUAAGUUUUACAGUAUGAAUUCAUUAGACAAAAGCAUAGAGACUAAAUAGGCAAUCGACAAAAUAUAAGGUUUAAAUUCUAUUCAAAGCACUGUAAAUGGUGUUUUUUCCAUCUUGCAAAUCCCCAGAGAUCAUGAGUAUCAUUUAUCAUGAUACUACUAUGAGUUCAGGGGUAUUACUACCGCACAGAUACUAUUACAGCGGUAUUUAUGAGCAGUAGUACAGUCAAAGAUACUCUAUUUAUACCCACUUAAAGCUCCUGUGAGGAUUUUUUUUUACAUUCCUAAAAUAGAACGAAACUCAUUUUGAUGCUUUUUCAUGACAACCCAAAUCAAGUCAGACCAUCAGUAACAAGGUUGACUGUUAUGAUAUCCUAAUUUUUAAUGCCUGAAACUGAUGUAAGGGGGUAGGUGUCAGCUUAGAAGCUUAAAACAGUCCUGUUUUACAAUUUCCACCUGAUACAUUCACAAUAAAUGAUUCAUUUGACUGUCAAAAAUCACAAUCUGGCACUCUAGCAUGGACAGGUUAUGCAUGGACUGCUUUGACCACAGGGGGGCGACAUAUUGAUAGUUCCUCACAGUAGCUUUAAGUAAAAAAUUUCUGAUAGGCAAGUUGGAUUAGCCCAAAGAUCAGUGCUCUCGUUUGUUUACCACCCGAAUGCUUUUCAUGUACAAGACUUGGUGCCACUUGAAGGCAGCAACAAUGUGGGACUUGCAUUGUGGGAAAUGUAGGAUUUUAAAUCCUUGACACAUAGCAGGUGACAAAAGAAACAGGAUCUCUUGGCCUCUGACAAGACGUAUCUUGUCUUAAACUGUUUACGGUGAGUCCGGGUGCAAAAUCUUUGGAGUGAUCCUUUAAUAUUGUCCAAAUACCAAUGAUCAAACUUUAAAUAAAAGAUUAUUUUGCACCAUGAUGAUAAGUUUGCUCAUUAAAUCUAAUGUUAGGAAUCACUUGGGGUUUCCUUAUCAGACUGGAAUACCUGCUGGUUUGAUGUUAGUCUAAAUAAAGCUGCAGUGACAAUGAAACAUCCUCAAAAAAAGAUUUAUACUGUGAGAGUGUCUGAUCUCCGGAGUGCAGUGUGGUGUUCAGCCCACAGAGGAGGAGUGGGAGCCUCCACAGACCGCCUGUGAUUGGCUCAGACACGGCUAACUCCAUUUUGGAAAACAGCUGUUUGAAGACACAACCUUUUUUUCCUCUCUCCCUCUCUCUCUCGUUGUUUCGGGUAUCCUCAGAUUAAAAAAAAAACACCCAGCCUUCAAACGCUUCCUCUCUCCCUUCGUCCUUUUUCAUCCACGACAGCCUGCGUGUUUCAGUGCUGCGUUCACUGCUGCGUUUUUUUGUCCGUCUGCCAGGAAACUUAACUGGGGGAUCCAUGGUGUUAAAUUUCCAUUGUAACAAGUGGAUAACAGGAGGCGACCCUACCAAGGUUAGUGGCGUUUUUUCCUCACAUUUGUGCGGUUUUUUUAAACGUGAAUGAACGUUUUCUGACUGUAACGUCCGCCUGUUUGAUUAAGAAGUCACGAAGCGAUCGGAUUGUACGUGAUUUCAGUGAGGCUUUUUUUCCCGCUUCGAUGAUAGACAAUACAUCUACAUGUACAGCAGCUACAGCAGAGCCGUUAGUGUGUCAACCCGAACACACCAACGGCUGAAAAUCACCUCUCUGUGUGUCCGUUUAUCAUGAAUCUGAAUGGUUUUCUCGUUUUUUCCCUCGAAUGUAUGAGGCGUUCAAGUGUGUCCAUUGUGCCUCUUGAGUGUGUGUUGUGUGUGUAUGUGUGUGUACAGUUUAAAAGGACUGGCAUGCACGUCCUUCCCACACAUUAGCUGCUGCAUUCAGCUGUAGUUAGCUAAUGACAGCUUCAGAUCGCGUUGGAAAGCUCUCAUCUCCUCCUCUUAUCGUCAGUGUUGUUCUCUGUUUUACUGUCAUUGCACCCAUCAGCCUCCUCAAGUGUUGGGAAUUCCGGUUCUUCUGAGUGAGCUGGAUCCUUUGGCUCAGCUCUUAUGGUGGCCAAGUACUGCACGUUAUUCACACUAAAUUAGGGAUUCAGUUAGAAUUAAAUGUGUGCAUUAUUACGUGGUAACCCCUGCUGUUCAAAAGUGAAGCCAAUAUAAAAGUGUAAGAAACUGCAGUUCCUGGAGUGUCCACUUAAGCUGGAUUCAUUUGCAGAGGAAACUAGUAAAUCCACAUUGACAAAACCAGAUUUAACCCUUAGCACCCCCAGUUAUAUUUUGUUAUUUUUGGUCCGCCUGUUUUUCAACUCGAUCCUUUCAAGCACAGUAAAUAUAUAUAUAUAUCUUUUUUUCAGGACAACCUCAGCUGUCAGUUUAUGAAGCAAAAAUCAUGUAAAAAUGAAUGUGACAGUAGAUUCAGAACCAUCAAAGUCGACCAAAAAAUAAUAACGUAAGUUGAUCCCAACACUACUUUGCUUUAAAAAACACAUAAAUCUACUGUGACCAAGCCUUUUCUCACCUGCACAUCAUUCUCUCAAGUCUUGGCUAUCAGGAGAAGAAAUAUUAGGAUUGGAACAAACACACGAAAGAAACUAUUCACAUAUUUACACUAAUUCUUCCAGGAGUUUUUGACUAUUUCCAGAUGUCUCUGCCACUCCUUGAAGCAGUUCCUGUCUGGGAUGAGACAGAGGACCACAUCAUACCGCUCAGAAUCUCUUCUUUGCUUGUUUCCAAACAUUGAGGACCAUUAUUUCUUAUUUUAAAGACAAGCAGGGAACUUUCUUGACUCUUAUUGGACACUACCGUCAAGGGAACAAUAGAAGAAGAAUAUGAGACCAUGUAAUUGAUCGAAAGUUUGACAGAAAAAGACGUCAUCAGAGCAGCUUGUCACACCCAGAAGACAUUAGCAGCAUUUAGUGAUAGGGAUCUUUUUUUAACACAACAAUCUGAUAAAUAAUCCUGUUUUCACCAGUAUAUCACUGCAGAUUUACCAUCAAACGUCUCUGAUCAAACACUUGUUUUUGUGGCUGGAUUGUAAACCUUGUGGCAGGUGUAGAAAUGUCUGGAAACCCUCGAUAGAUCGCCAAAAGGAUAAGCCGUUGAGCACUUUUUAGAGAAAUUAUCCUGAUUGAGGUUUGGAUUCCUGAGUUUUGUUGUCAACUUAGCCAGCCAGUUAGCUACGUAUUGCUGGGCAACAGGUGUUCAGAGAUGCAUGGUGUUCAAUAUCUGCAGAUAUGCUGACAAUGUCUAAUGCAACAUAGAAUAAAAGCAUAUUUACACAGUUUCUCUUGUAGUAGAAUUUGCCUCUUGGAGUGUUGUUUACGUUGUCAAAGCUGUCCGUCCACCUGGAAACCGUUUCUUUAUGAGUAAGUUUGACUGAAUUUAGACACAGCAGCUGUAUCGGUUAGUUUUUAUGAGCAUGUUUGAGAGAUUUGUUUUUGCAAAGUAGUAAUUCUGGGUUCACAAAAACAGGCCACAUCAAAAUGUUGUUUGUUUGCUCUUUACUCUUUACUGCUUUUAAAAUGUCUGCGUCUGCACCACACCAUAUGGAAAACAUGCUUGGCUCUGGAGUAUCAACUAAAAUACUCUCCAAUCUUGUUAAAAAUAUUUCAGUUAUCUGCCCACUCUGUCAUUAUAUCGAAUUUUAACUGGCCUACAAGAAAUUAGGAAAUUGGCUUUAAGAUUUGAGUUGGUUCGCCCUGCUGGCUCGGAGGAAUCAGCUUUUCGAGGCGACUUUUUUAACAAGCACGUCACAGUUAGGAACACAAACAGAUUCAUCCUCUGUUUCUUUAGUGGAGAAGAUAACAAUGCAGUGAUGACAGCGGGGAUUUUCAUUAAAUAAACUGCUGCUGCAGGAAGAAAGGACACGUCAGCCCUCCUUUCUGAAUAUGGGUGAUUCUGGGAGAUAUAAUGACAGGGCUGGAAGUAGAUGAUGGUGCUCAGAGACAGACUCAGCAGCUGGUGGGGGGCUGCCUGGACCCCCUGCUAUGUGUGAGUGUUGCUGGGUAGGGGCCAGCAUUACUGGGCAUGAGUACUGGUGAAGAUAAACACUGGCUUCCUGCCUGUCUGUGGUGCUUUGCCUCACUGCCGACCGGCUGGCUGACUGUUAACCAAAACAGUGUUAUUGCUGAGUUCAGUGAGUCCAUGGUGAACAUGUAAUCCAGACCUAGGCCUUGUUUCUGGAUUGAUUUGGAUUGUGGCGUGUUUCAAAGAGGCAAGAUUAACCGGAUUGUUUGCUGAUUUACAUCUUUAUCUCUUUUUAGUCGAGAAAGGUACUAAACCUGCUUUCUGACAUUGCAGAUACGCUCAGCUGCGAAAAUCUGCAGUCCUUCCAGCACCGGCGCUGCUAUUUGACAGAUUGGUGGCUCAAAAGAAGCACAGACCAUAUCAAGUUGGAUUUCAAGCCAGUGCAUUUGCUUUCCAUGCAAACUACCAAAAAAGCAACACCAGUCUUCUAAAUAUAAACAGAUUUGAUGCUGUGGGUGAGGAUAGAUGUGUAAUAAAAUGACAGACUUGAGAAGAAAUGCUGUUCUGAUCGUAUAAAAAGAUCAUUAUUUACACAGAUUUGACUUUAUUUUUAUCUAUUGUAUAUUUGGUUUCUAAACUUUUAAAGAAAAGAAAAUAUAAAUUGUACAGUUUGUAAAAAGUGUGAAAUUUCCAAAACGAGGGGCAUCCUUGAUAAAUUCGUUGAGUUUGUAGAGGUUUAAGUUCAACAUAACUAAUCUUUUCGCUUCCCCAUUAAGGCAGCAUGAUGUUAGCAUUGACUGCCAAGCUACCGGCUCUGUUUCCACGACAACAGCAGGGCCAGCUACCCUGAGAUAAGCCUCAGGGAGCGUUGUCAUCUUUACUCCGACUCACCAAGGGCGAAGGGAUACAUCGAUAGCAGAGAUGCCCGCCGCUUGUUAAUCGAUGCCGUUCACACAUGCAACCAGUGGGAGCUGGUCGGGGUCAAGAGUCUUACCCAGGUUCACUUUGUAAUGUGGACUGUGGGACCCGGGAUUGGACCCUUAAAGGGAUAUUCUGGCAUAAGAUUAAUUUAAUAAUGCUUGCUUCUCUAGUUAUACCAACUUUAGUAACGACCGCAGGAUAGCAAUACAGAGCGUUCUGAGGAGCCAUAAACAAACCUCAACCAAAACGCCAUUCUAUAACCACAAAUAAUGCUCAGAACAGCACCUAACUUCAUCAACAGGACAUAAAGGGUCCCAGCCAUAGUGACACCUCAGGCCAGUCCAUUAUGGACUACAGCGGGGUGCCGCAGCUCAAGGAAGAACAUUUAUGAUCAUUUCUUCAUGGAAAUACAAUCAGACCGAGACGCUAAGACAGAAGAACUACUGUGUCUGCAGUGAAAAAUGAUAAAUAUGGUGAUUAUUACUUCAAGGAAAUGAUGAAAUAAUGAUCAUAAAUGUUCUUCCUUGAGCUGCAUCACCCCGCUGUAUGUCCUGUUGAUGAAGUUAGGUGCUGCUCUGAGCAUUAUUUGUGGCUAUAGAGUGGCGUUUUGGUUGAGGUUUGUUUAUGGCUCCUCAGACCGCUGUGUAUUGCUAUCGUGCCGUUGUUACUAAAGUUGGUAUAACUAGAGAAGCAAGCGGUCGGCAACAUUCAUCUCUCAACGGGGUGUCUAACUCGGUGUUAAGGUGUGUUUGACCUAAAAUCAAUUUUGCGCCGGAAUAUCCCUUUAAUGCUCCAAAUGAGCGACAACCAACUUUACCCUUAAGCUGCAAAAAUAGACGUAAAGCAGAGUUAUAUCGUAUCUUAUCGUUUUGACCGUACCCCAACUAUAGACCAACUAUAAACCCAAGGCUGUAUUAGUAAGUAUCAUAAAAAUGUAAGAAAAACAGCAAAUAUUCUCUAAAACUGCUUCAAGUUUGAACAAAAUAAUAAACUGAGAUCCUGAAUAGUUUCCAGUUUAUGUUUGUAGUCGUCUGAUUUUCAUGUCUUCUCUUGCAAAAACUGUGGAUGUAUGAUGUAUUGUGGAUGUUUACAUUGAUGGAGAGCGAGCAGACAAUAGCAGAUGAAACCAUGUGAUGCGUCUUGGACUAAUUUCUGUACAGUGUGUACUGUCUGAUGGACACAUAUCACCUUCUAUGGAAUCGCCCUCCGCUGUCUUGUCUCCUGUCUUUGUACCAGCUCACCAAACAUGGUCUGAUAUCCUUCAAAAUGGCCAGAGGGGUGUGUGUGUACGUGUGGGAUCACAGAGAAGGGGGUAGGGGUGGUGGAGAGCAGCCAGAACAGAGGGCGCAGUGAGGCAAGAAAACCCACAGCUAACACCAGACACACAUGCCCUGCUGACCUUGAACAGAACCCUGCAGAACCCCCGUCUGCUCUGUCUCAAUCAGGGAUCAGAUCAAGUCUGCAGACAGAGGGGAGAAAAGACAGACCAGUCCCUCGUAUGAUUCAGCUCCUUGUGUUUGGGUUAGGUUGUCUGCAGGGGGUCGUCUUGCAUUAAUCCACAUCUAAUCUGUGAAACCGGUUAUUCUGAGAACGGACAGAUCUUGAGUAAUCAGGUCAUGCUAGCGCAGGUUCUGAUUAUCUGCAGUGCUGCAUUAGGGACAGCGUCCUCCUCCUGUAACUCCUUCAGUAAAUAUUAGCCAUAUCUGCUCCUGCUGAGGUCUGCCAACACUAACAUGAUUAUCCUGAGAACAUUUGGACCCCUGUAUCCUUGCGCUGAGAGCCUGCGUUAAGUACACAGACAGGGGCGGGGGGUGGGACGGUCACUGGGGAUGUUGCUCAGUUGUUUUCAGUCGCUCUUCAUCAGAUUCUUCUGUCCUGUCAGGAAACUGUUUUGAUUGAAGGUUCAGUUUGCGUCCCUCAACCCUAAAUCUCUUUAUUCCAAAUUGAAAAUACUUUUCUUUUUAACCGAGUCUGAUUCUGUCGGAUUCAAAAGCUUUUUCUGCAACAAGGACACAUCAUAACAUACUUUAGUUAAAAAUAGAAAUCUAUUCCCAGAAUUGGUUCAAGUGCCACGAUCAGCCGCCCGCCCUGAGACCUCUCCCAUCUUCUGAGACAACAGGGAUCAGAAACACAACAGCAGCAGUGUUUCUGUGUAUGUGAACGCAAUAGUCCGGCUCUAUUUUUGGGGUGAUCAUGAGUUUAAUGGUAAGUAUUUUGUGGACGAGGAUUUAUUGGUUCAACUGCUCUGACCUCGGAGCACAUUCUUUGCCCUGUGUGCGGAUGACUUAAGCUCCUCUGUUUUUAGCUCCUCCAAUUCCUCAUAAGGAGAAAAUGAGCGCCAUUAUCACCCCGGGCUUUGUGUCUGUUGUAACAGACAGAAAAAAAGACCAUCUAGUGCAGCAAGAGAAAAGCCAGAGCUAUUCAAGAAAUGACAAGAAUAGAAAUGUGAUUUGAUUUGGUCAAAGCCUUUUUUAUAUUGAAUGUUAAUUUCGUUAUGCGACACGACUGUAUUUCUUUAUUUUUCUCUGGUAGAAACAGGUGGUUCUGAUAUAAACACAGGCUAGUGCUGGCAUGACUGCCUCUGGGUAUGGCUGUGUUUUCUUCUAGGACAAGGUUUACCCUUUAAAUACUUUCAGAAUAAGCAGGAUGGUCUCAAACCAGGGGUAAGGAUUAUCAUAUAUAACACAAAUAUUUUAACUUUGACAAUAUGAGCUUUAAAAGCAAUACAGCAUGAUAUGGAGACUUACUGUAAAAUCCACUCGCCUUGUGAGACCGGCAUCUCAAAAACAAUAUUUAGUUUUCAAGGUCUUUUUAUAAAAAUCAGUGUUAAAAAGUUGGGGUGGGGGUUGUAGGGUCGUCUUAUACUCAGGGUCAUCUCUUAUGGGGUCGGUCUGGUAUUUAAAGGGAUAUUCCGCGUAAAAUUAAUUUAGGGUCAAACACAUCGUAACACCGAGUUAGAGAUGAAUGUUGCCGACUGCCUGCUUCUCUAGUUAUACCAACUUCGGUAACAAAACCUAAAUAGCGCUUACUCGUCCUUCUACCGUGGUGACGUAAGCACAUUGUGUCACCUUCAAAAGCGAAACAGUGACGAUUUGAGCUUAUAAACGAGUACUUGAGGGAGAGAAAAUUCCUCAAUCAUUAUUUGUUAUAGAGGUCCUCGAGGUAUUCAGGGAAUCAUUUUCAGCUCUAGCCACAAAUAAUGCUCAGAACAGCACCUAACAGGACUGCUGCGGGGUGUCGCAGCUCAAGGAAGAACAUUUAUGAUCAUUUCUUCAUGGAAAUACAAUCAGACCGAGACGCCAAGGCAGAAGAACUACCAUGUCUGCAGUGAAAAUGAUUAAUAUGGUGAUUAUUACUCCAAGGAAAUGAUGAAGAAAUGAUCAUAAAUGUUCUUCCUUGAGCUGCGGCACCCCGCUGUAUUCUGUAAUGGACUGGCCCAAGGUCUCGCUACAAACAAGCGGCUGCUGGAAGAGGGGUUGUGUAACUCGGUGUUACGGUGUGUUUGACCUUAACUUUAUUUUACUCAGGAAUAUCCCUUUAACAGGCUGACAGUUUGAUCCCGGCUCCUGCAGCCCUCAUGUUUUAGAUAGAUAGAUAGAUAGAUAGAUAGAUAGAUAGAUAGAUAGAUAGAUAGAUAGAUAGAUAGAUAGAUAGAUAGAUAGAUAGAGAACUUUAUUAAUCCCCGAGGGGAAAUUCGGUUGUUGUAGUAGCCGAUACAAGCAAUACAAGAGAAAUACAAAAAAUAGAUAAAAUAUACAAGACUAUACAAGACUAUACAAGAUAAUGAAUGAAUAUGAGUACUUAAAUAGUAUGUACUAAGAUGAAUGAAUCUGUAAGUGUAGAUGUGCAAAGUGUUCAAAUAGCUCCUUAAGGCACAGCAUAUAAAAGUAUAUGGAUGCUGCAUUAGCGCUGGUUUGUGGCCCGUCAGUUGGAAUAGCAGCCUCUACCAUCAGAAUGAUAGUGUGAAUAGACAAAUGUGACGUGAAGUUUAAAAACCCCUCCAGUGGUUAGAAAACAGGGAAAGUGCUGUGGAAGUGCAGUUCGUUAACCAUUUAAUUAGCUCUGCUACCUUCAUUAGCACUGGCUGCCUUCAGACUCGGUGUGGUUUUAAAACCUCAUUUGUUUCUUUUAACAGAGAGCAGAUGUGUUUCUAAAGGAGGUCGUUCUGUUUUUAAUAAGAAUCAGUAGAUAUAGAGUGAGUUAAAGCAGACGAAGAGACGAAGGCGGCAGAGCGGCAAAAGUAUAUAUUUACCUCCAUGUACGGUCAACAGUGUCUCACAUACAUGCAAAUUAAAAAAGAGAUUUCUAAAAAAUAAAUAUGCAUGUAGAGCGCAGAAAGACACUCGUUCUCUGUGACAAAUCUGAGCAGUUUCUCUGAACUUUUUCACACACUUGAAACUGGGUCACCACCGAAAUAUACUGUGAGCUCUGAGGAGAAGCUGACCACAGAUUCUGCUCAGCACGCCUGCAGGGAAAGAGUGUGUCACAGUCGAAGGACGGACCUUAGGCGGAGUACCUAUUAAAUAUCUGGUAGGAAAAGUCACCGAUCCUCCAGAUCAAGACUUCACUGUUUGAGUCUGAGUCAAGUCAGAGUCACUAGAGAUGUGUUUGAGUAAAGUCUGAGUCACCAGGAGGGAGUGUAGUCCCCAACCAUGUCAACCAAGUCAAGUCCUCAAUGUUGGUAUUUUUUCUGCAGACAGGAUCCUCUUAGUCCAAACUACUGACUGCAGGAAACCAGACCAGCUGUAUGAGUCUAGAGUGACAGGAUGAAUCUAGACUAAAUGUAUGAAUUUAGGCUAAUGGUCUGAACCUGGACUAGAUGGACUCUACGAACCUGGACUGACUGUAUGAAUCUAGACUGACUGCAUAGAUCUGAAUUGACUGUAUGAAUAAAAUCUGGACUGACUACAUGAACCUAAACUGACUACAUGUAUCUAGACUGGCUUUAUGAAUCUAGAUUGGCUGUAUAAAUCUAGUCUGCCUGUAUGAAUCUGGACUGACUGUAUGGAUCUAGACUGACUAUAAAUCUAGACUGACUUUAUGGAUCUAGACUGACUAAAUAAAUCUAGACUGACUAUAAAUCUAGACUGACUAUAAAUCUAGACUGACUUUAUGGAUCUAGACUGACCGUAUGAAUCUGGACUGACCGUAUGAAUCUAGACUGACUGUAUAAAUCUAGACUGACUGUAUAAAUCUAGACUGACUUUAUGAAUCUGGACUGACUGUGUUAACCUGAUCUCACUCUGUGGAGCCUCUUUAAUGCGUAGAAAUCCCUUUAUCAUCUAUAAACAUUAGAUUUUCCUGAUCCUGUCUGUUUGGAAAAUUAAAUUAUCAAUAAAGUGACAGCGCUGCAUCACAUGCAUAAAUGCACGCCACACUUCUCUUAAUGAGGGGAUGCACUCAGUGGAUCUGCUGCAGUGGGGUCUCUGCAGGUUUCUCACGAUCUCAGAAACAUCUGCAGCUGUUUUGGUCUUAGGUUUGUUUUUAAGAGAUGUUAGGAAAUGUUCAUUUUUCUCGGGGUGCAGGGUCUUUUGUUUGCGAAUACGUAUGAAAAAUGAUGAAUCUUGAAUUAAUCUGAAUUUCGACUCAUCAUGGAUGAGUCUGUGAAGUUGAGUCAUGGUGAGUCUUUGAAAAACAGGACGUGACUGGAACUCUACAACUCUGCUGGUUAUGAUUGUAACUGUGAAAUGGGGAAACGGCGCUUUCUUUGAGCCCGCUGGAGUUGGCGGUUUGGUCCAAAUAACCGUUAAAAUCACACUGUAGUGAGUGAAUGGGUGAGGUUUGGACUGGUUACGCCUCCAUUAAUGGAUCACGCAUUUCUAAAAGCCAAAUCUCGUUUCUCAGCUGUUUUCUUCUCCUUGAUAAUUGACAUUGAUCGCCCGGGUCGUCUCUUAAAGUGGCGCCACAUCUGUUUCUGAGCACUCAGCAGAUUGAAUUAAUGUAAAAGCCGCGUUACGGCCUCUUAAUUUAGCUGCAUUAGCCAACAGCAUCAGCAUAUAUUCUAUAGAUUGGGAGUGAGGUGUUGGUUAAAUCCAGUUUAAAUCUGUCAGGUAAAGGUUUUUCUAAUCAAGCGUUAUUAUGUUGAUGGAUUCUCAUUCAUAUAAAACGGUCCGUCCAUUUUCUUCCUCUUAUCCGGGGACACGUGUCACGGCGCCUCACAGGUUGUUGACUCAGGUGUGUUCAAGAAAGACUGUAAUAUUUGUCAGUAAAAGGACGUGUUUGAUUGGGAGCUUGUUAUCAUCUUAUUUAAAUACUUGUUGUGUUUUUUUUGUUCCUCUUCAGAUCCCAGACGAGAGGAGAUGAUAAGUGGUGUUUGUAGGAAACAGGUUUCCAGGAACAGAGGAUCACUUUACUCACUGUCAUUAAAAUUCACUUAGACUAGCAGAUUAAAAGUAUUUCCCGUUCCCCUUUGGGCUGCUGGAGAGAAUCAAACGUGCUAAUUACUCUGAAUCAGACAAAUAAAUAGUUGUAGUUUAGCAGCCUGUAGGUGGAUCCGACCUGUUUGUUUUCAGUAGAAAUCUUUGAUCAGACUUUUAAUAACGCGGCUUUAUUCUUAGACCUCAAAACGUCAGGAUGUGUAUCGUGAAAAGACGAGUUUUUGUGAUUGUUAUUUACAUCAGUAGAGGAGCUCGGAGUAACUGAGGCUUUUAUUCUGCCGACCUUUUUAUCUCUCUCUGAAAAGUGAGUCUGGGUUUGAGUGCUAAAGUCAAGACAAAGUGUGAUGAUGGGGCUUUUUGGUGCAGACUGAAAAAACGGACAGGCUCGCAGAGACCGUUUGCACCUCCUUAUAUGAGCACUUUGUUUUUAGCGUGCUUUUAGUCUACAUCGUCCAAGCUUUUAGCAUUUCACCAUGAAAAGCCGUUCUGAAGAGGUUUUUCCAGUUUAGUCUGACAGGGCCCGUUUUUUUCCUUCCUCUUUGCACAUUUUUGUUUUUUUAUUUCUUUCCUCUUUUUCAUAAUUUUCACUCAAUUUCCUCCAGGAUUUAUGAGGAAACAAAAACAUUUCUCUGUUUAACUGGAUGAUUGAUGAUAUUCUGCAUUCCUCAAAUACAAAUGUGAGUUAGAUGGUGUUAGUAGUAGUUACUUAGAUCUAAAUUAGGGCUGUCAAAAGAGGAUUUUAAAAAAAAAUCAAGAUUAAUCGCAGAAUCUUCAUGGUUAACUGCGAUUAAUCGUGAUUAUUUUGCAUCUCAAGGCAGUUUUAAGCCCAUAAUGUAAAUUAUUUCUUAAUUGGGCCACAGAGGCUAACCAUAUAAGCAGUAGAUUGUGUCCUUCCAGAGGAGGAAAUCUACUUCUAGACUUCUAGAAUCAGCAUCUCCUCAUCCAUGGUGUCAUCGGGGUGAAAUGACGUCUAAAAACCUUUCACUUGUUCGUCUCCGCCUGUUUGCAUGGUGUGAUCCUCCUGAAACACGGAGUGUUUUAUUUUGAAAAGAAGCCGGAUGUUUUAUUUUGUGUCUGUGCCCGACUUCCUUUCCAGCACGGGUUAAUCUGUGCUGAAUUUAUCCGCCAUGCUCCGACGUCCUGAAAAAAUAGAACUCUUGCGAUCAGCUGCGGAGUCCGACAUGUUAACUUGAAUGGUUACGAUCGGCGGAUAUGGCCUUUUUGUAGCUGUUCUGGAUGUGUUGGAAAUUGGGGGUGAAGGGAGGGCCAUGGCCACCCCUGGAUCUGAAUUUGAGCAGACCACCUCCAUGUGAGUGAAGAUGAUCCAUGAGUAACUACCUUUAUUCUCAGGCUGGUUGUGUUUGUGCUCAUUGACUUGUUUUCAACUCUAGCCAUGCAGGCAGCUAUGCUAGCUUAGCUCGUUGUGAUGUGUGCAUGCGUGGUUCGGCCUGUGAGGCAUAUCCACUGACUGUGUUUUAUUAACUAUUCGCAUUAUGGGUGACAUAGUUAAUAUUGUCAUUUUGUACAUUAUUAAAACAAACACGAGUCCUUUAAACACUUUGGAGUUUAGGGCUGAGCUGAAUGACAUGAAGCAGCCUUUUUCAUCAUGUUAAGGUGUUUUGUGGACAACAGAAUAAGAGAUCAGUUAGAGAGAGGUCUGAUCAGACGAGGCCUGAACCUUAUUUAACACAACUUCAAUAGAAAAUUGAUUUUUGUGCAAUGCAGUGUCUUUUCUUUGAUGGCCAAAACACACGAGUGUCAAAUCGAGUGAACCAUCUUGUUUCAGAGUUUUUGAAAUCAUUAUUUUUACACUUUUGCUCCAAUAAAGGAUUCAGGCUCUCCUUUUAGGUUAGAGUGUGUUUAAUGUUAAAUGUGUAUCAUUCACUAACAUGAACAUCAGCUUUGCUAUCUGGGGGGAAAGUGCGGCGUUUGCCUCCGCUCGUUUUCAUGUUUGCUCAUGAGGAGAGAUACUUCUGUGCCGUCGUCAACUCAGCAAAUCGAAUCACAUGACGCCCACGUCCUCUCAGACCGCUGGGAGAGCAGCGCGAUGAUGCAGCUGAGUGGAUAAACUUGGCAGACCUCGGCGGUGUCGGUGAGCACAGGUGAGAGGAGCUGCUUGUGUUCUUGGGGUUAUUUUAAAUGCAGUGUAAAGAGCUCUUGUGGCUGAUGUAAUCAGAUCGGACGCUUUGUAAGCGAGCGGGCUGAUGUGGUUUCUCUUGUGUUAUCUCAUUAUUUUAGAGGGAAUGGAGGCAGAUGUGGGUGAAAUAAUUUCCCUGAUGAAUCAAUGAAGUACCUCUGAUACUGAAACCCCUCUUAGAGUCUGAACCAAAUCAUACACUCUGUUACAGGCCGCUCAGACGACCGAGGAGGAUAUAUCAUGUUUCCUAACAAGAAAGUCAAACACCAGAACCAAUUUCUGUCUCAUGGUGGUGAAGUGAAUAUCUCUCAGCCAGACCUGUAGCUUUUUGUGAAAAGAUUUCAGAGAAGGGAAAAGGCAAGAGGGGGAGUCCCAGUCUGACUAAUUCACCUGCUGUUGAAACGGAAAUCAAAAUUCUGACUAACCGACUUGUCAAAAAGUGGGAAAACACGAGUCAGUCAAAUUAAUCAGAAGCAUUAGCAGAACGAACCUGAUGGAAAUGACAUAAAUACUGACGAGUGUGUAAAACCCCCAGGAUAUAGAUGUUGUUUUGUUUUUGUUUGUUUAAAAUUAGGAUUUUAUACCUACACAAGGAUCUGGUCCUCCUCUGUGGACAGGGUUCCUACUAGGGCCCGACCAAUGUGGAAUUUUUGGGGCCGAUGCGGAUACUGAUUAUUAGGGGGGAAAAAAAAUCGUAUUACCAAUUAAUUGGCCAAUUUUUUACAAUUUUUAUGAAGUUAUAAAUAUAUAUAUAUACUGUAGAUAUUUACAGUAUACUAUAUACUGUAGAUAUACUGUAGGCUACUGCUGUUCCGUUGAGGCGGACCUCUCUCCUCCGUGUGUCCCUGAGCUGCCUGCUUCAGAUCCGUCACUCUGUUGUGCUGUGAGGUAGUUAGUGGAUAAAUAUGGAUAAAUAAGUGGAUAAAUAAGGUUCAGAUUGUCAUGAGGUCGCUGCGCCAUCUACAGGAUAAGUCAGGGAACUUUUCAAAUGGAUGAACAUUUUGAAAAGUGAAACGGAAUCUUAUUCUCCGCAUUUUAUGUCUGAAAACUUUGGCGAAAAUCGGCGAGUUUUUGCCGAUUACCAACAGGCUAAAAUUGGCCUUAAUCGGCUCGCUGAUAAAUCGGUCGGGCCCUAGUUCCUACAUAGCUGGAAUUUCCAUACUUUUCCAUACCCUACCUUUUUAGAAUUAUUUUUGGAAAUACCGACUUUUCUAUUUUAGAAAAAAAUUUUAGAACUGUGGUAACAGUCUGGAAACAUAAAUAUUUUUCUGUACUUAUUUUUCAUUUUCCAUACUUUUUAAGACCUGGAAAUUGAUCAAAUUUAUGUCCAUACUUUUCCAUAUUUGCGUAGGAACCCUGUGUGGAGGCUGCCACCUUGUACCACCAUGGUUUGACCAUAGCACAGAAACUAUGAGUGUUUUUUCUGCUACGUUUGAAGACACCAAAAAAGAAGGGGAGAGCGGCUGUAGUUCCGGUGGAUGUUGUUGAUUGUAAAAGCCUGACAUAUGCCAAUAGAUUAGAUUACACACACGCUGCACUGUAAAGAUUGUAAACACAGAGACAGCGUUUUAUCUCAAGGUCCAAAUACUUGCUCUGUUUUUUGUCUUUAUGCUCAAAAUCCCCUACAAUCUUUAGUUUGAAUUCGGUUGUAGAGAGAAUUGGAGCAGAUGUGGAUAAAACUCCUCUGAUAGGAUGUGAAGGGAGAUGUAGCCCACAACCAAAUCAUAUAUUCUGUUACAUGUCGGCUAAAUGGCUGCAGCAAAGCAGAGGAGGAUGUUUCAUCUUCUCAGUUUCUCAAAAAAGAAAUGAAAACACAGGAGCCAGUGGGGGAUUUUUCCAUAUUUAGAAAACACAAUAAACAUGCACACAUUCCUGCCUUGCACCUCCCAUCAUCCAUGGUUCUCCCUCUCCUCUUCUAAAUCUGCACACUCCUCAUCCUCACACUCAUCAUCCUCUCCUCAUUUAUCUCCAUACCUCCCUCGCCAUCUCUCCUCCUCCUCAGCAGCUGAAGGGUCUUGUUCAGCCUGCAGUGUGUGGUGUGUGUGUGUGUGUGUGUGUGUGUGUGUGUUCAGAGAGAGAGAGCCUGGGAAAGGAGAGGGCAUAAACAACAGAGCAAACAAACCACCUGCUUCCUGCCGAGGUCUCGUGUUGUUAAAUGUGUGGACAGAAAUAGAGGCGUGUAACCUGGCAGUAGAAUUAGAACAGAUAGAACGGACAGAGGGAGGAACAUCAGCAGCCAGCACAGCACUUAUUCACAGAAACAAACCGCGUUAGAGACGAACUGAGACCGGGCUGAGGGACACCGGGGGACUGAUGGUGAUCGGGUAACCACAAACUACUUAGUUGUCUUUCUGUGCGCUGCAAAGGUAGUAAACACAAAGACAGUCUCAUUUACAAUUAUCAUGCCGGACAGGUAGGGCUAGGCGAUAUGGCCUCAAAACGAUAUAUUGAGCAGUUCACCUCGAUAACGAUAAAUGGACGACAACUACUCCACUGCGCCCCCUACGCAAAAAAAGUUUAGCCAAUAGACGAGGCUGUGGCAGUUAUAUUGAUAGUAUGACUCCUCUGGACCCAUUUAUUGCAAUUAAUUUGGGACGUUUAAGGACUGUUGUUACAGACUGGAUGGGGUGGAGUCACGUCUCUGAUGUAGGACAGCGUCUUAAAGGGACACGAGACCAUAGCCUACCUACACACAUCCAAAAACAACUUUGAUUUAUUCAUAUUUUUUACACCGAAUAUACCGAUAUGGGCAAAAUGACGUUGGUUAUUGUUGUAGAUUUCGGUAUUGGUAAAUUUUUCGUUUUAUCGCCCAGCCCUACUAACAGGAACUGUAUGGUGGUGUCUGAGAUUUGAGGAACUGCAACUCCUACUACUAAAUGUCACAGAAUAUUCCUAUUUCUGAACGCUUUACCUUUAAGAUUGAAAAAUUAAAGCUCCUCUUUCCGACUUGGAAAGCUGGACGAUCCUCACCAACCCGACUUGACGACCAUGUCUUAAUCCAAGAGGACAACAGCUGACAACAACUGACAAUGACUAAGAACACCUGGCAACCGUUUACAACAACUGACAAAGGCUAGGGUGUAACGUCAUUCCCAGCUGCGACAUCUGACUUCCGAGGUAACUGGAACGUAGCAUAAAUCUGGAUGUUACAAAGGCAGAGGCCAAGAAAAUAAAAACCAUUUGAACAAGCAAAAUAAUCAGAGACCAAUUUGUCCACAGGGGGCGCCAAACUCAACACUAACUGAAAGGUUCAUCAUUGGAGCUUUAAAUUCUAAAUUAACCGACUUGUCCAAUAUUUUCAGUGCAGAUAAACAGUUUGAGUGCCAGUUUAUCCCCAUGGUCUAGAUUGAAAAUGUCAUCUGUGUUUGUUUACAUCCAGAUAGUAGAGUUUCACAGCUUCAUGGCAGUCAUGAUCAGUCUAAGCUGCAGCCCCUGAUCCAACACUUGACCAACCAGAGAAGACCUAAUCAUCAAUCUAACUCAGCAGUUGUCUAAUCCUGGUGCUGACUAAUGAGGGGGAGUUGAGGUCGUAUCAUUCAGUCGACUAAACGAUCACAUCCCGAGGUGAGCCGCUGAAGUAAACGGCUAAAUUAAGAUGUGAGAAUGGUAUUUUCUUCCUCGGCUGUAAUCACCGUCUCAUUUUGGAGUCCAGUCAAAGCACCUGCUCCUGACUCAGCUGUGAUUCACUGGUGGUUGAUGAGACUCAGUCACACCCGUCAUUAACGCACACACACACACACACACACACAAAAACACAAACUUGGGGAUUCCCUGCAGCCGGAGGCAGGGCCUGCUGUUACAGUACACUCAGUCUCAUGUGUCUCUGUGUGUGUCUGUCUGGACACUCGUCUCUGCAGCUCGUGAAGAAUCGAUCUAUCACGGCUUAUUUGCAGUUUUUAUUCCACAGGGUCUCUCUCUCUCUCUCUCUCUCUCUCUCUCUCUCACAGGAUGUGUUGUUGUUGUUCAUCUCGCACCUCUGGAAGACGUCUAACCUUUACUUACCUCCAAACGUAGACAUCUGAUCCUGGGUGUGAUCCUGUUGCAUGCUCUGUUUGUGUUGUGUGAAGGCAGAGCGGCACGAUGACGCUCUGGAUCGUGACCUCAUGGCGAACGGUUUACCCAGCUGUUGCUAAGUGAGCAGUGCUAACAAAAGGGAACCCGGUCUACAGUUCCAGUAUUGUGUGUCUCUUUAUUGUCGCUCAUUGAGCUCUUCUGCCCUCUUUUAGGUGUGGCGGCGGCGCUCUUGCGGCUUCUCUGGUGUCUGUUUUUUGUGCUCAGUUUGCCUCGCUCAGAGCAGAUCUGUCUUAAGAUGGAUUAAGUCAAAAACCACAUGAUUUGUGCUGCUUAACUUUCCUCUUUCAGCCUCAAACAUCAGCGUCAGUUGACUUCUGUAAAUAAAGCCGGAGUCGUGACGGAUUUAUGCGCAGCAGCUGGUCAUGUGGAUGUGGUGUAGUCAUUUGGGUGGGGUCGGUUUGGACGUCAUGAGAUUUCUGUUUAAGUUGGAUGUUUACAGAAAAAAAAGACUCGUUUCUCUCGGGUCUGACGGAGUUUCUGUGAGUAGUCCAGACCAGACAGAGUCCAGUCUGUAUACAGUGACGUCUCAGCUGUGACAGAGACCAGAUGGCGAAGGAAACCCUCUUUGACAGAGGUGCAAGGGCGGGCACAGUUUUUUAAAGUUACUGUCAAUUCACAUCUGUUCAGGUCUAAUGAACUAUAAUCAAUAUCGGUCCUGAAAAAACAAUAUCUGUCAACAUUUCUUCAAACUCUGAAACCGCUUUUUUCUUAAAUCCAUGUGUGAUUUGUGGAGUGUCAUCAUCACCUUUGACUUUAAGUAUAAACUCUGUCUGAUGUAUUGAGAGGAUUCUGGGUAAAUCAGUGUCUAACAGCGGCCCCUCAGACUCUCUGUAUGUGGAUUUGACCCCACAGGUUGUGUCUACAGUCUGAAAUGGAUUUAUCGGAGGUUCAUGUUGCUUUAGUAGUUCAAUGAUUCUCUCUCUGACCUUUUAAUCCUCUUUCAGACAACGGUGGUCUGAAGUUGAGCAGGUAGUCGAUUCUUUACGUACUCCUGCUGAAAACCAAGAACAAACGACCGGUUUGUGGAGCCGUCAAAGGUGGAGAAGUAGGAGCUGCAAAAAAACUAAAACUGUAGUUUUCUUCUUUCUGCAGUUUGUUUUGAGAUGUGAAUGAACGCAGGAAUACGACUGAUUUUAUAUCGCUACGAUGAGGCAGAAAUCUUUUAUUUCUGCCUUAUUUCAGCUUCGAAUAACUCACAAACUCUUCGACUUCUGGUCUUGUGCUCGUGGAGUAGAGACACGUUCACCAUGAACUCCCACACCAUCUAUUUCAAACCUCACCCUGACUAUUUUCAGCUCCCUGAAAAAAAAAAAUUACACCAGUAGUCGGUUUCUUUCACUCUGAAGAAUCACCGAGGAACAUUUUUCUCUUUUCUUCCUCUGAUGAUCGCUCCGAAAGUGAAAAAGCAGAAGAUAGUGCAGCUAUUGGCAGAGCGGAUUUAGCUUUUUUAGAUUUUUUUUCUAUCAGAAGUCACUAUUUAAGUGUCUAGAGGACAAGAUGAGUAAGGCUGCUUUGUCCACAGGGGGGUGCCAAAACUAACACAAACUGAAUUUACAGAAGCUUUAAAGAGCCAAACAAGAAAUCGGACCAGCUAGGGCUGCACAAUAUAUCGUUUGAGCAUCAACAUCGCAAUGUACGUGUGCACAAUAAUCACAUUGCAGAGCCCACGAUGUGAUCAGUUGCCAAUCAGACUACCCUGCCAGCUGUCAAUCAAAAUCAGAGAGGAGGAAACCACGCCCUUGCAUGUGGCCUGCACAUGGAGUGAGUCGCUGGCGCUGCUGGUGUUGUGCCGAGAAACCCGUGUCCGCUGAGAAUUACUUUGGGAACAUUCCUCAUCACUGUUUAGCCCCCAAAAUAAGAUCUGUAUGGGUUUUAAAUUGUAUAUUUCCGUGGACCGUGCUACUAUAAGCAGUGCAACAACUGCAAAAUGAUCAACGAACAAGAGAAAACCACUGAAAAUGAAGACCUGCUGCCAAAACGAAAGGGAAAGUCAGUUAUCUGGACAUAUUGCGGUUACAAGAAGGAUGAUGUCGAUCAAAACACAAUAACGUCCCAGCAAAAUAGAAGCUAAAAAUAUCUCUGAGACAGACAGAAGCCAUUCUACUAACAUUCACAAAAAGAGGUAAGAUCAGUGCAGGGCAACUGUCCACAAGAGUUCAGCAUAAAGUGAGUUUCAGGUCAUCUGGUGAAAAUUCCUGUAUUCUUUAUUAUCGCAGGGUUGAAAAAAAUCGCAUUGUUAGUUAUUCCAAUAUCGUCCAGCCUUAGGACAGACUGAUUCUUUUGAGGAUGAUGCCGAGACUCUUUAUUAGCAGCUGGAGAAGUUGGAGGUUUCCUGAAGCUCCAAGCAAAGAUAAUUAACUUGGAAGUUUGGAGUAGAAGAUGCAACGUUAGACUGGUCGGACUUCCCAAAGGAAUCGAGGCUCUCUGAGUUCUUUCCCAAGUUGGAAGCCCUUGAGGAUAAAGUGUUUCCUGUUGCAGUGGAGCUAGACCAGGCGCACCAAGGCUUAGCUCCUAAGCUGGGCCCAGGGGGGAAGGCCUGGUCCUCCUUCUCUGCUUCUGAGGCAAGAAAGAGGGGCACACUUCCGAACUUUCAUGGUCCGGUUUCCAUAUUAUCUUGCAAAUAAAGAUGUAAACACCUCACAGCAGAUUGAUUUAUCAACAAUGAGGAGCAGGAAAACCUCGAAUGAAGUCCUCAUUAAUAUGCCAGCAGUCUCCUCAGGGGAGUGGGCGCCACCUUGUUAAUCGCUGAGAGGAGUGAAGCCAUGAAUAUGUAUGUUUUUCUGAUUUCUCAUGAGAAACAAACUCCGGGGGGGAUUGAUCUCUGAAGAGAGGAGCUGCACGUCUCACUGCUGGUCUGAACGCCUCCUGAGAUAAUCUGUCCCAGUCUGAUCGAUUUUUGAUUUUGCCGCAGCUUUCUGAAGAAGAAGAAGAAGAAGACGAUGAAGAAGAAGAAGGCUUUUACCCGGACCCUUUGUUUUAUUCAUCAGUUCACUCAGGACUUUUCCACAGCAGCUGAUGCUAAUGGCCCCGGUCAGGCGUCUUAUCUGCUGCUCCUCGCCUGAUUCAUGAUGCCUUCAGGCGCAGGAGCCUCGCGCGCUCAUUGAAGAUGGCAAUUACACCAGAGUGGCAGCGAUCAUUCGCGGUAUCUCUUUCGCACUGUGAAAGAGAGAAAGAAAAUUGCAUCGUGUAUCAAGUGUUAUCAGUGAUAAUGCUGCAUGUCUGACAGAGAGGAGAGAGACUUCUCCUGCGACUCCAAAGGUACUCGAGAGAAAGAGAGAGAGAGAGGAGGGAAAAAUCGAGUUUGACCUGCACUUGAUUUGUGUCUCCCCUGCUGGGAAAGUUUCUCGGUGUUGGCAGAAACUGUCCGAGUGCUAAAGAGCAACACUAAGCUUUUAGGAAAGUGGCAGCGUUGACCUCACCAGGGGAAAUAAGGUCUUAGCACCCAGCCCCGGGUCCCAUAAAAAGAGGAAGGAUACGGGGCAAAUGUACACGCCAGAAUUGAAUGGACCGGGCUUUUAUUUAUUUAUGAGAGGAAGAACAACAAUAAUCUGGACGAGGAAAUACAGCUCCCCCGUGUUUGAAGUGGGCUCGCUGUCAGCCGAGCAGCUGCUGACAUCAUGUGAACAGACAGAGCCCAGACCACAGCCGACGGGGGCUGAGAGGAGGCGAGCGAGAGGGCAGAGAGCUGAGAGGCUCAGUGUGAUGGUACCUUCACUGUCUGACUCUGUGAGAAAGAAACCCGCGGGCUGGAUGGAUCUGGGUGCUUUGGAGGCAGUUUGGGACGCUGAUGAAGAUGCAGCUCUGAUCUCGGUGGUAAGAAGACGGAGAGUUUUUAUUCUGGACUCUGAUUUUUGUCUCUUUGGUUCGUCUCAUGAUGCAGUUUGACUCUUAAAGAUCCGGUUUGUUUGUAGUUUGUGUCAAAAUUUAAGACGUUUUCUGUGACUAUCUUUGAAGUCAAACCAUUAAUUAACAAAUCUGAAAGUUUUGCAGCCGUAUUUCGAGUAUGACUGGAAAACAAACUCUGAUUGAAGCUCCUAAUAUGCAGAGAUUUAAUGUUUGUUUUCUGUCCUACAAAAAGAAGAUUUCAUCCUCUGUGGUCCUCUGUUUUUUUAAGGUUAUUAUUAUGGCUGUAGAUUGUUAACUUUUAUUGAAACUCCGUAAAGAUUUGACUUUUUAUUGAUACCGUUAUCGAGUCUUUCCCAUGUAAGGUUAAACCUUUCUUUGACAAACAGGAAACUGGUGUAAAGACCUCUAAACUGGACCAGUCUGAUCCACUUUCUCGGUCUUAGUCAGGAGCUGCAGCUGCACUCUGAGUCAGCUGUCUGGUUGUUUUUUUGCAAAGAUGCUGUUACAGUAUUAAAGUCGACUCUAGAUUAAUGCAUGGACCAGUUUUUACAGGUCCUGCUGGGACUCGAGUAAAAAUGAUUCGCCUGGUAUCAUGAAUCUCAUUUUGGGGUUAGGUUUAGCUUAAUUAGGCGACUUUAACUGGACUACGGUCUUUGUCCCAGUUUACAUGAACCACGAAAGAAUCAAAUGAUUGACAGAAACAUGUUCAGCUCCGUUAUGAUCGUGGUAAAUCCCUCUUUUUGUUUACUAUCAGGUAAAAGCCAGUGACUUGUUGGGAAAAUUCUGCCCUUUUCUUUGUCUGUUGAGAUUUUGUUUACUAUCCGCUUCCUUGUAAAACAUCAAUGCUGUUCAAUCACCAGUUCAGAGCCUGGGGUACGAACGCUGGAGCAUGCUCAGAAGGCUCAGGAUAAUUGAGGCGUGAACAUGCCAGAGAUAACCGAUCAAACUGCAUUACCAGGGUAUGUUAGUCCGACAAUGAGAGGUUGGAUUUUGGUUGGACUAACGUGUUUAGUUGAUUUUAAUAGUAGGGCCGCGCUAUAAACCGAAAAUUUAAGACAACAACUAGUGUCAUUUUGCCCAUAUUGGUAUAUUCGGUGUCAAUAAAAUAAAUAAACAAAAGCUGGUUUUGGAUGGUCUCGAGGUGAACUGAUCAAUAUAUCGUGAUUUUGAUUUGAGGCCAUAUCGCCCAGCCCUAUUUAAACGUCUAGUUUCAGUCAGACUUCGGCAGUAAAUCCAUUUUUUUAAGUGCAUGUAAAUGUGCAGAGUGUGUUGGUUUAGCCUCAGUGUCAGCUGAUGUUUCCUCUGUAAACAGACUUAAUCUCCUCUGUUAAUAAUGUGUCAUGAUAUCUACAGCUGUUUUUAAUCUGGGCCUGUUAGUACAGUCAGCUAUUUAUUUAGAGGUUUUUUUAUACAGUGCUGAAACACAUGCUUGAAAAGUGACAUUUUAAGAGGGGCUGCAGGGAGGGACUGAGAGGGACGACUCAUUUUAAUGAUUAUGACAAAAAAACUAGGGCUGGGCGACAUGGCCUCACAUCAAUAUAACAAUAUAUUGAUCAGUUCACCUCAAUAACGAUUAAUGGACGAUAACUACUCCACAAGCUGCUCACCCCCUCCCACAUUAACUUCGUCUACUUCAGCCGCUACAACUCUUGAACCGUCCUCCAUCUCCUCACCUGUCUUUCCCUCUUUGUUACAGACUGGAUGGGGUGGAGUCACGUCUCUGAUGUAGGACAGCGUCUUAAAGGGACAUGAGACUAUAGCCUACCUACACACAUCCAAAAACAACUUUUAUUUAUUUAUCUAUUUGACACAGAAUAUAUCAAUAUAGGCAAAAUGACGUUGGUUAUAGUCGUAAAUUUUGGUUUUGGUAAAUUUUUGGUUUAUCGCCCAGCCCUACAAAAAACAGUCAUGAACUCAGGCAUCAGAUUCAGCCUUAACAACACUAAAGGUGAUGGUUCGAUUCCUCUGUUAGUCCAGUCUUUCAUAGUUAGCUUUUCCUUACUUGUAGAAAACGUGUUUUUAAACUUGAGUAAACUUUAUUCCUGUGCUGACGGUUUAUUUUUGUCGUCUCGUUCAGGUUGAACUUUACAGCAGAAAUAUUCAGAGUGAGAAAGUUCAGCCGCCCUGCUUGGAGGCUGCUUGGACCCCGCUGGAGGCUUUCCGCCUUAUCAAUAAAAGCCGCAGAAAUGGCCGACAUACCUGAAAUCGUUGCCGUAGCUGUCCCUAAUGGAAGGCGAAGUCAGCAAAGAAGCCGCUCUUUAUGUGCGUUAUUGCAGAUAAUGUGGGUUUAUUACACACAAAUCAGGCUUAAAAGGCUCCGCCGGGAUCUCAGUGAGCCUGCUCCUCUAAUGGGCUGAUUUAAGUGUCUGUGCUGACUCAUACUCCUCCAGUGAUCCCACAGGCUUAUGUUUCUAGUACCUCUGUGCUCAUACUGCUCCGGUUACAUGUGUGGCCAACGCUCAUGUCCAAACCUGCCACGUUGGAGAAGCUCGCCCCGCGUUAUAAAGCGUGUACGGCGGGCCGGCGUUCCCGUCUCCACGGGGUUACGUUGAUCUGUGUGAGGAUGUCACAACCAGGCUCAUGUCUCUCCGAAAACAGAGGAUUUACCAGAAUUUAAAUCAGGACGCGUUCCCGAAAUAACUUUGCAGAGCGAAUCCCCUCAUCGACGGAAACCGUCCACACACACAUAAUGCAGAGCAGGAAGAGAGAGAGGCUAAACAGAGUUCAGCUCAGUCGUUCCCUUUGAGGAUGGAGUUGUUAUUGUCUGAUGUGCACACCUGUGACUAUUGUCUUGUGUCUGCAGCUGUGUCGAGUUUCCCUUCUUGAAGACGCACACACAGCCUGACCUUUCAUACACAGACGGUCUUUCUUUAUAACUAGGACACACUCUGAAUACGCAGCUGUGAGUGAUCAUGUCAGGAGUGUGGUCAUGAGAUGGUGAGAGGUUUCUGUGAGGACGCUGAAAAUGACGGAAACAGCGUCAAAAUGUCACACAUUCAGUUGGUCUCAAAGGUUACUGGGUUGUGUUGAUUUUGGCGCCCCCUGUGGACGAAAGAGAGUUUAAGUUAUCUCUGAAGUUGGGCCUGAUUCUGCGAUCUCCAUGACAGUCAGGAAAGGUCCUGAUGGUUCUCAAAAUGAUCUCGCCAGAUUACGGAUGGUUGGCAUUGUGUUGAGUGAUUUUCCCCGAGGAUGACUGAGCAUGUGGAACAAAACGAUAGCCAAUCAGGAAAGAGUUUCGAGGCUGCCGCUCUGACCUUCCACCCCUCCUCUCUCUUUGCUGUAUUCGUCUCUGUUUGCUUGAAUAAAUUAGUCUCACUGCUGCAUUUAGACUUUAGACAAACUUUGCAGCGAACCAAGGUCAAAUGCUCCCAAACAACUUACCUCUAGGUGAGCAGGGACUCCUCCUUAAGACUGAGGACUUCCAUGGACAGAGUUUGUCAGUCACAUUUAUUACAGGCGGAUCGGAGCGGCAUCAGCAGUGAUGCGGACGCUUGACCGAUCUGUCGUGGUGAAGAAAGAGCUGAGCCGUAAGGCGAGACUCUCGAUUUACCGGUCGAUCUACGUGCCGAUCCUCACCUAUGGUCAUGAACUUUGGGUGAUGACCGAAAGAAUUAGAUUGGGGAAAUGGGUUUGUCCGGGCUCAGCCUUAGAGAUAGGGUAAGGAGCUCGGACACUCAGGAGGUGCUCAGAGGAGAACCGCUGCUCCUCCACGUCCAGAGGAGUCAGCUGAGGUGUCUCGGGCGUCUGGUUAGGACGCCUCCCGUUAGAGAUGUUCUGGACACGGCCCACCGGGAGGACACCUUGUGGCCAGCCCAGGACCAGGUGGAGGGAUUAUAUUUCUUGCCUGGCCUGGGAACGCCUGGGAAUCCCCCUGGAGGAGCUGGUGGAAGUGGCUGAGGUGAGGGCCGUCUGGGCUUCCCUCCUGAAGCUGCUGCCCCCGCGAGAAAAAGACGACAAUUUAUUACAAUCAUUACAGGCCAGCAAAGCAGCAAAACAUACAACCUUUUGGCAUGUGCUCCCACCAAGGCAUAAAUGACAUCGGAACCAAAAAGUGAUGGGACAAUAAGGCAGCAGAGAAGAAAGAUGGAUUAGGAUUGAAUCUGGUUUGUGAGUUAGAGAAUAGAGAGUGGUUAUGGAGUCCUUUUAAAAGGUUCUGGAGCUCGAUCUGGUCCCUGCUCCCUAUUUUUCCUCAGAUGAUGCUGACUGGUCUGGGUUGAAGCUCUGCUUUACAAAGUUAAAGGUCUCCAUAGAUAUUUGAAGCAUCUAUCAAUCACACAGGGAGAGUUUGCAGUAAGAUUACUGAACACUGGUUUUAUUUCUUAAAGGGAUAUUCAGGUGUGAAAUUAAGUUAGGGUAAAACACACUACAAUACCGAGUUAGACACCCCCUCGAGAGAUGAAUGUUGUCGACCGCUUGCUUCUCCAGUUAUACCAACUUAAGUAACGACCGCAGGAUAGCAAUCGGUGUGAUUGCAUUUCCAUGAGGAAUUUUACGCCGGAAUACUCCUUUAAGAUCCGACAUGUUGAGUUUAUUCAUUUUAAAAACAAGGCGCUUCGAAAUGCUUCACACCAGACAUCGAAAACAUCGUCUCUAAUCUGCUGUGAUUGUUUCCUGGAGUAAUGUCAGAGCUAAUUCAGGAAACGGUUUUAAAUUUCAUUAAAAAAAAAAAAAAAAGGAUUGUACUGUGGAGUUUUUUCAUCGCCAUCCAACAUAUUUGACAGCUGGAAGGAUCGGCAGCAGAAACAGAGAUGACUGAUAAUUCAUUUUCAGCUAGAGAGACGGACAUACACAGACUGCAGUGAUUAGAGGCCUGUCUCUGUUUUCUUUCAUCUGAAACUUAAUGUCCGUCCAGUUUAUGACCAGUUUAAGGAAUCGAAGGACUCCCCGCUUGAAGUUUUAUUUUUUUUAGACUGAGCAGUCGUGACAGAAAAGUGGCCUUUACAGCCCUGGAAGCAGCCCGUCAUUAUUCUUUUAUUCCACUCAGUAAACAAGAGCUGCACUUAGUUCAGUCAGGCAGAAGGUCGUCAUCGUCUUUUUCAGAUCAUCAGCCUCCAGGUCGGCUUUACAUGCUCAUUUACAUUAAACAAAUCAGCAGGUGAAAAGAACAACAGCGUCCUCCCCGCCCAGUUUGAGUCCGUCAGCUCCACAAAAACACGUCCAUCAUCUCGGCGAGCUCCGCGGACAUCAGGCAGCAAGUAAUCCUUCAAACGCAGCGCCAUUAAAGGCCUCGUUCCACAGCUGGGACCUGCAGCCGGGGCGAAGAGACGAGAGAGUAAACACCGGCUGAAGAGCAAAACAUCAUCAUCCUCAUCAUCCUCAUCCCUCCAUGGAAACCUGUUAAUGAUCUCAUGGUAGGACUUGAUCCACAUGCGCAGGCAGGCAGACUAAUUAAACAAACAAAUGGCAAUUAGAUGGAGCUCCAUAAUCCGCAUAGCAACAGAGUCAGUGGAGGAGAAAAAGGCAAACACAACAGAUGAACAAACACAUUUACUGCCGCAUGAGACGGACAAACAGUACAGGCUGUUUGUUUUCAACUGUACGUCUUCAGGUCGGAUCUGUCUGUCGGUUUAGUAAAUGUGUUGAUUCUUGAGAUGAGAGAUACUGUGGCGAAAAAGAGCGUCAUUUCUACAUCCAUGAGGUGAAUUUGAAAAAGUGUGAUGCAGUUAAUGCACACCUGAGGGUAAGAGAGGUUCAGAUUUGUAAGCAUAGAUGCUCAUAUAUAUAUAUAUAUAUAUAUAUAUAUAUAUAUAUAUAUAUAUAUAUAUAUAUAUAUAUAUAUAUAUAUAUAUAUAUAUAUAUAUAUAUAUAUAUAUAUAUAUAUAUAUAUAUAUAUAUAUAUAUAUAUAUAUAUGGUCAAAAUGCUGUAGAUGCUUCACAUGGACUGAUAUGUGGCUAUGAGAUUGCUGGGCCAGGGAAGAAUGAGUGGACAAAUGAAUGAUUGAGGUACGAAUGAUCUGUCUGUCUUUUUUGUCUUUGUUUAAUGUUAUUUUAUUCUAUUCUACUUUUUAUUGUUCUGCUUUGUUGUAUUGUUAUCUUUUGUUAUAACCUGUUUGUGUUGUAUUGUGAAUUUAUGUUCUCAAAUGGCAGAGGGUAGGAGUAAUGUCACUAAUGGGGUGUAAAUGACAAAGGGUUAAAGUGUGUAACUCUCCCAUUGAAAUCUCUGUUUCCUUCACGAUCUGUAAAAAUAGACGCUCAUAAAUCCAUAAUCUAUAAUAACCUUUAUAUUAAUUUUAAAGAUCCUGUGAGGAACUUUUGGUUUGUGUCAAUUUUGGCGCCCCCUGCAGACAAAUUUUAUACCUCUCAUUCUUUGUCCUGCACAUGCGAACGUAAUUUUUCAAACCUGAUCGUCUUGUCUUCAAACAGUGAAGAUUAUCACUCAUUAAGAGUGUUUGCACAUCCUCUCUCACUAUCAUGUCGUCAUUAGGAGCUCAGAUCGGCUAUCAGAUGGAGGGAGGAGAGCAGGGAAUCCAUCAAAAUAAUAAUGAUUAAGAUUUCUGCCGUGUCUUAGUCUUUGUGGAUCAGACUGCGACUGUAUCUCCAGAUUACAUCCAACAGAGCUCUGAAUUUCAAAACCAAAAAGUUCAUUUGAAGGAUUUUCUUUUCUUGUGUGGAUGUGAUUUCAUCGAGUUGAUCUUGAUGAAACUUCAUUCUGCCACCUCACAGAGUUCUCAGGAGUUGUCGGCUCUUUAUGCAGAAAGCCGGUCGUCCAAAUUUAGAUCUAUGAUGUUGUAUGUUCUAGUUGCUAUUUACCGCUCUCCCAGUCACUGUCACUGCUCUGUCGACGGCAUAAUAAACUCUCAGCAGAUGUCUCAUGUUCAACUUCACGGCUGGUUUGCGACUUCUGAUUCUUCCGGCUGAUGAAGAUAAAUGUUCCGCAGCUGUUGCUUAAUUUUUCCGUCUUGUUAGUAUUCGCCCUGGAUUCUGUCUGUGCAGCGACUGUUGGCAGCAUCGUGAGGUUUUCUGCCUUUAAAAGAUUCAAGCAGAGGCAGAAAGAUGUUUGUGAGUCUAAAUUAGAUGGUUUACCUUGUCGUAAAUACAAGACGAGGACCUGUUUUGAUAGAUGCAAAGGCCGAAAACAUGACCUGACCUGAAGGAGACUCCUCUGCAAAAGUUUGGAUUAAAAUCUCCUCAUUGCAAACAGUUUAAAGUCACAGAAACUGUCAGAGCUGAUGGUACGAGAUUAUUAAUCAAAGCCAGAUUGUUAAAGUCAUGAUUGAUUACUGUUAAUUUGACAAGCAGCUGAUUCACUAGAAUAUAAAAAUGAAAACCAGCAGGAUUAUUUCUUCUGUUUCUGCUCGAUAUUUCAUCACUUUGGUUUUAUCACCACGUGACCGUUUUCUGCUGCACAGAGGAGCAGGAAGUCAAAAUCCAAGAUUUUAUCAAGCACAACCAGAACAUAAUAAAAACAGAGCAUCAAUAUCUUUAAUUAAACCCUCUCCAGCUUUCAGAGUCUUACUAACUGAUUUUGUUUUUGUUUGUAAAACUGCAGAAGUGGAAGUGGACCACGCUGAGUCUCACCCCCACUGUGAGCUCAUUCUGGUCCAUAUUAAUAAACGCACACUGAAACUAGUCUGGACCGUAUAUAACGUGAACAUAGUGUCACUUAUUAGUCACCAUACUGGAGAAGAUCCUGACCCAAUUAGUUGCAUGUGUCUGAAGAUCUGGAGGCUGCAGUUCUGGACCCUGGCACUUAAGACGCAGUGUAUCAUUGAGGACUGCAUUUUGGUUUCAGGGUGGAUCAUGAGGAAAGGGUGACCCCUGCCCAGACCGUGACCAGAACAUCAGAUAACGUCAUAUGACACAAACCUGAAACUUCUGUACAAAACCGCAGACAUUUGAAGGAUCUUAUAAACUUCCCCGGACAAAGCCGGACAGCCCCCAAAAAAGAGGACAUGUCCAAGUAGAAGAGGACGUAUGACCCCCCCUUGCAAACAUUAAAUACAAAGUAAAUUAUUUAGGCCAAAACUACUUUUUGAACCAGGCUGUAAAUAUGAACAUGGGUUUAACUGGGGUUUGCAGACUUUUGAAGCAAGCCUCUAGUGGACACUUGAGGAACAGCAGUUUGUUGCGUCUCUGCACUGGCUUCAUUUGUCAACACCUUUGGUUGCAGCUCUUUUGGGGCUUCCUCCUCCUUCCAUUUUUCUUCUAUAUAGGGGUGUCCAGAUCUGAUUUUGAUUUCAGCCAAAAAACAAAUAUCGGAUUAUAUCGGCCUGCAUCUAAAAUCUCCAAUAUUAGCACUCUGAAACAAGCAGUCUAUUCCAUACUCCACUCCGGCAUCUCUAGUUAGCAGUGACCAGAUCCAGCAUGCAGAGCCCAUGUAAUCACAUCAACAGUGUGGACUAAGGUACGAACAAAGAAGCAAGGAGUGGGAGUGAUGUCGGCUGUGUGGCAGCAUUGUUCGCUAAAGUCUGAAUAAGACGCUGCAGCUGAGUGAAAAACUUGUCAUGCACAAGUUUGUGCCAAUAUCAAAUCAAUAUCGGUAUCAGCUGAUACUUGAGGCUACAAUAUCGGUAUCGUAUCAGAAGUUAAAAAAAAAGUUGUAUCAGGACACCUCUGGUUCUAUACCUGUGAAAUCUGUGUAUUUUGUGACACAGUUUUUUAUAACUUGACACGCCUGUUAAAACACUUGAAUGAAUUCUCUAUUUAUCAUAUUGUUCCUGUAUGUUUGCUCUUGGCUUAAAGACAUGCUUAUUACAUGGAAUUAUUCGACUACAUUACUGCACUGAUUCCUCAGCUUGUUUUCUCCCACUCUGAUAAAACCACAGAUAAAGCAGCGUCCAGAUAGCACACACUUUUUUUGUAAAUAAGACCUCCGGAUCCAAAACUGGACAAUCGGUCAGAAAAAUUACAGUUAUUUUCAGUCAGUGAUCAGCGCUCAGUCAAAGCGCGUGUUUCAGCAGCGCAGCAGUUUUAAUUAUGAAGCAGUUGGACUCCAGGCCUCCCACUGUGAUUCGCUCUCUGACCGUACAGCCUUACAGUCUAGCUAUCUAGGAUGCCGAUCUAUCAGCAGAUCACGCCAUCAUCUGCGGUCUGCGUACAGAGCGUUGCGUGUGUUAAGUAAAUACAUUCAGGGAAAAUACCAGCCGCCCAGAAUUCACUGACAUUUCCUGAAGAACAGCUCGUACCUACAGGGGCUUCGAGUUUGACCUUCACUGCAGAAUUCACUUUACAAACAGCGCCGCCUACGUCUGCGUGUCUCGUGACCCCUCAGAGAACGACCCGACUGCUUCCUUUUUGGCACAGAGCGCGCAUACUGUACAUAAGAGACAGAAAACAAUGGUGGGACUUUUUUAAACGCUCCUCGAAGAAUGUGAAGAGAGAGUUUGGGAACAGGCUGGCCCUGGGUCAGCGUGUCGAGGCCGUGGUUUCUGCCAGCUCGUUCUCAUUCCUCUCUCAUUCUUUCUCUCGAGACGCAAACCUCCCCCCUUAUGUUCCUUUGAGAGUCACAGUUUAGCCGCUCAGCUGUGCCGGAGUGGUCUCUCUUUAUUAGAGGGUAUUUCUGCAGCAGAGAGGUCUGAAAAUCUAAAUCUGUGGGAGAGGAACGAGUGUGACGCCAUCUAAAGCCUGACACAGCGCCUUUGAGUUUCCUUCUCCUUUUUUCUCGGCUUCAUCCUCCCUCUGCAAGUUUCUUAUCUCUCACAUUCUCGCCUUUCUGGGACACUCUUGGUUUCUGUCCUCUUCCCCGCUGAGGAUUUACCAGCUGUAUAGUGUUUUAGAGGUUGGCACCAUCCGUGACCUAGUUUAAAACGGACUGGGAACAGGAAACAGAGGAGGAAUGAAUGGCGAACACCAGCUCUUCUUACUUUGGUCCUCUUUUUUUUCCCUCUCUGGACUCUCCUCGUGCUCUCAGGCUCUUUCACUCCCACUCUCCAUAUUGAUCGGUCCCCCCCUUCAGUCUCCCCUCCUCCUCCUCCUUUUCCCCCCUUCGUUCCUUCCUUGCUGUGUAAGUACCUACAGCACUGAGAGUAUGACUGUGCAAGUGGGAGCCCUGAGAGAUUCAGAGCAGCUUUUUUGUUUUUCCGUAUAUAUUUAGGACAGCCAAUUAACACAGAUGUCGACAGAGUCAUUAAUCGCUGUGCAGAAAUAGGAAAGGCAAUUAUUAACACCUUCGUCCUUCUUUGUAUCAAUCCUCCUUCCUGUCUGUCUGCGUCUGUGGAUGUGGAAGUGUUUCUGAUGUGCCUCUUUCUGCCCACUCCAUCACUUAUCCUUAUCUCCCACUUAUCUCCCUCACUGUUUGGUGCUUUUUUUGAUCUCUAUCCAGUAUUUUUGUGCAUCACAUUGGCACUGCAGAAGUAGAAAAUCACAGGACAUGGUGGUAAAUCCUCCCACGGGCUCUGCAGACCAUUGAAGGGAGACAGCAGGGUGAUUUAUCUGCUUCUCGAACACGUUUGCAGCAGUCUGACUCUCCCCUUUCUCCUCCUCCUCCUCCUCCUCCUCCUCCUCUUCCUCCCUCUCCUGGCAGGUGUAAUGAGAGCGCUGGUCAUGGACAGAUGAUGGACGUGGAGUCGUCGUACUCAGACUUCAUCAACUGUGAUCGCACCGGCCGCAGGAACGCAGUGCCUGACAUCACAGGGGAGGAAGAGGGAGGGGCCACCACCAGUGAGCUCACCAAAGACAUGGCGGAGAUGGACCUGAAGGCAGCAGGUCAGUAAAACAGACGGGUGAAAAAAGGAGGAUAUAUGUCAAAGUAACAGUACAGUAAACUCAAGAUAGGAUGGACGGGUUAGCAGAGGUAAGAGAGCAGCAUCCUGUCGUCUGACUUUGGCGUUACCUGCAGAGCAGACGAGGAGAUGCUACAGGUCAGAGAGGUUGUCCUUCAGAUUAUCGACUCUGGAUGUUUGUCUCAUACACAGAAAAAUAAAAAUACUAAAGUUGCUGAAAUAAACUUGAACAGGCUGCUCAGGUAUUUUCUACGUCCUCAAAUGCAGGUUUAGUGAGAUACAGCUGCAGUUGAAUGCAGAUAGCGCCCUCUUCUGUACAAAAAAAGAACAUCAUAAUCUGUUUUUCAUCUCUCAGAUUCAAACAGUCUUUCAUCCAAAUCGAUUUUUGAUUAAUUUUCUCAAAUUAAAACCGUCAGCUUGUUAAUUUUCAGAUGAUCUGAUCAGAUUCGUUAUUUCUCAUCGUCACCAGUUUCCUCUGGUAUUUAAGGCGUCGGUGAGUGAGUGUGUUUUUAUUUAAAGGCAUGGGAAAACAGAGAUAAUGAUCCCCACACUUACUGUACAUCUGAUGUUGUCGCUGCGUUUUGUUGGCAAUGACGCAAAAAAAAAAGACUCUUUGAAAUCUGAUUUAAACUCUUGACGCACGCCGACUCAGAGGAAUCUGAAGAAGGAGAUGGUGACUGCGUUUUUAACAGAGUGGCUCAUAUCUGCAAAAAUAGAAAUCGCUGGUUUGUUUGUUUGUUACCGUCCAGAUGGUGCAAAAACAAUCAGAGUACUAACAGAGGAAAUCUGGUGUUAGGUUUAAUGGAGGGAAGAAUUGAUGCUCGGUCCCUUUCAGCAGUAGAACAUGUGACUUCGGGUCAGCUUAAUAGUUAUUUUAUAAGAAUGAGGGGUUUGAAAGAUGCAGAUGACAAGUCAUGGGUAAUCACUUUAAUCAGUAUAAUCAUGAUAAUGAUUUGUCUUGUUGUGAAGCACUUUGUUUCUUGUACUGCAAAGUGCUUUACAAGUACUAUUAUUAUUAUUAGUCCGUAUUUAAACACCCUGUUAUCAAGAAAUCGAAGCUUUUUGCAGUAAAGAGUCAAAAUGUACAAGACGCUGACUCCUGUCUGCUCAGCACAUGUCCAAAGCUUAAUGUUUGCUCUGUGCUGUUUCACAUUAAACAUGAAAGAUAACGAAGUCUCUUAAAAAUGAACAGUAAACUGUCAUGUAUCCUGUUUAAUGCAACCAGAGACGUAAGAGUUUGUCAGUGACUAGGAUUAUUAUAAACAUGUUUUAAAUAGGGAUGCUCUAUAUUGGGUAUGCUGAUAUUUUCCAACUUAUUACAGAACUUUUAUUUUUAUCUUAAAGAACACAGUGUCCCCUGCUGCAGAAUUUACCUUAAAAAGUAUUUUAAAGCUCCUGUGAGUGACUUUAAGCUUGUGUUGAUUUUGGUGCCCUCUGUGGAAAAAGCAGCAGCUCUUAUCUCACUUGCAAUUUGUUUCCCUGAUAAACAUCUUCCUUCAUUAUUUAAAAAAAAAACAUAUUAAAAUAUUAUUAUUCAUUGGAAAUCUGUUGUGGAAAACAUAAAAACAGACACCCCACCAGUGAUUUUUGACGUUGAAGCUCCCGCAAGGAGUUUUUUAAUGUUUAUGUUGUAAUUUUUAAUGCAUGAAGCAGCUUAUGAAACACAGGUGCCAAAAUUCACCAAAACAGAGCUUUAAAUAUACCCAUGUAUGAUUGGUCAGUCUUGUCCAUGUUUGCUUUGAAAGGCCACAUCAGGAUCCAUAUUUUUCUGUUUGGUACUCAUGUAAAGUUCCUUACAGGAGCUUUAAUGAGGGUAAAUACUGAGCAGGUGUUUUCCAGCCUGUGGUCUGAGUCUCUGUAAAUGGCGGCACAAUGAAAAUCUGUCUUUUCUCUCUUUGAGUGUCAGGCUGUCAUUAGAGGCAUGUCUGGAUAUGACACAGAUGUUUCACUCUCACCAUUGUGCAUCAUAUUGUUGACUUCCUUUUCAUGUUUCCCAUGACAUGAUUACCAAAAUGACUCCUAUAAAUCACGGCGCUGUAAUCCUGGUGUUGUGGGAAGGAUCACAUUUAGGAAUUAUCUCAUCUCAUGUUUGACAUGUCGCUGCUACAGGAUGUUGUAGUUCCUUCCUCAAGAUUCAAAUUAUUUUGUCUAUCUGGAGUCUGUGAGCAGAUUUAUUGCCCGCUGUUAGAAAUGUCAGAACUCUUUGAGCUUGAUAUUAAACACAGUCUCUUACAGAUUUUCCUCUUUGUGUUUUUUUUUCCCCCUUCCAGAGGGAGACCCGGGGGCCUCUCCAGCCCCUGAGGCAGAGGGCUCCACCAGCCAAGACGCACAGGGAGGUGGAGGUCCGUCCUAA